GUAUCUUUGGUCUGAAGAAGGAUUUCGGCCCGUAACGUCGCCUAUUACCUUCUCUCCAUAGAUGCUGCAUCACCCGCUGAGUUUCUCCAGCAUUUUUGUCGACCUGAAACCCUAACUCCGUUUUUGUCUUAAUUGAUAUUGUCUACUCUGCUGAGUACUCUAACAUUUUCUAUUUUGUUUCAGAUUUCCAGCAACUGCAAGAAUUUACUCGUGUGCUUCUUUUCUGGGGGUGGGCUUGUGCAUUGUUUCAUGGCACGCAACAACCCAAGCGUCUGAACUUUUAAUUCACCCUGCACAGAAAACGAAAGAACUGCGCUAGCUUUAAAAUGUUGGUUGCAGCCAUCCGCAUGGCAAUGCGCAUGUGUGUUGCUUUGUAUUCUGGGAGUUGUAGUUCAAUUUUGGGAUCACAAUGGGGAAAAUGGUGUAAAGAACUGGUGUUAAACUACAAAGUCCGUACGCCGAAGCGCUACCAGCUUCCACCACGGGCUCGUCACCAAGUUGGGUUGAAGCAAGAUUAUAGGAAUUAACAACACAAUAUCCAUUCAAUAUGUCUGAUCCCAUAACAAUAAAUGUAGGAGGGAAAUUGUACACCAGUUCUCUGGCAACUUUAACACGUUACCCAGACUCAAUGCUGGGAGUAAUGUUUAGUGGGAAAAUGCCUUCAACCAGUGAUCAGCGUGGAAAUUACUUCAUAGAUCGAGAUGGGAAAAUAUUUCGAUAUAUUCUAAAUUUUUUGCGCACAUCAAACCUCGACCUCCCAGAUGAUUUUCAAGAAGUUAGGCUGUUGAAGAGAGAAGCGGAUUUUUACCAGAUCCAGCCUUUAAUCGCAGCCUUGCAGGAGAGAGAGUCUGAAAAUGCUAAGGCGGAAAGGAAUGCAAUGCUCAACAUUACUCUGGACCAGAGACUGCAAACUGUGUACUUCACUGUAAAGCCAGCUCCACAAAUGUACAACCUAACCUCGUGCAGCACAGAUGUCUUUGAUGCCAACAUAUUUUGCACAUCAGCUGAUUUUUUGAAGCAUUUGAGCUCCAAGUUUUGUUACUUUGUUAAUGGUAGACUUUUUCCAAUUGGUUAUGAGAAGAAGGAUCCACACCAUUUGACAUUGCAGUGGGUUGGGCAUGUAGCAGUAUUGCCUGAAGAUGAAUACACACAACAAAACUUAAAAAGACUUUGGACUGUGCCUGCAAAUGAGCAAGUUAACAAUUUUCAGUUGUUUGUAGAAGAAGUGCUUAAAACAGCAAUGAGUGAUGGAUUUCAUGUAGAUUCACUACAGCCAGAUUCCUCUGACUUCAUGAAUUAUAAGGUCUUACGUCUAGUCCGUUAUAAAUAGAAAACAUCUCAUAAAAUAUUAACAAUUAAAUUUUACUGCUGUAUAACAGUAAAAGCCUUAUUAUUUUUCUCCUAAGGUAUA